AGUGGUUUAAUUCUGGAAUAGGCCUACUGUUUUAUUCCCUUAAAGUGCAUUGGGAACAGCCAAGCAUUGAAGAGUAGAGGAGACAACUGGAGAGUGAAAAAUGGAGGAACUGGAAAGUAGCAAUGCACAUUUUUGUUGUAUGUAGUCCUCCACUACCCCAGUUGUCUGCAUAUUUGUCAUAGGCAUUAGAUGUACACAGCUAGGAAAUUUACACAGUGUUCAGUGUCACAGGUUCUACUGAUUGCCAUAGAACAUUCAAUUUAUAUAUAUUUUUUUUGCUUUCCAUUUUUAAUAAGCCUGGGGUAAAUGAGGUGAAGGAGGGAUUCAAAAACUGGCAAACCCCUCCCCUUGCUCCUCCCCUUCAUGGUUGCUGUGGCGAUAGGGUGGGAGAGUGAUGGGGAGUGCUCCGGGUGCUGGUAAGGGGAGGGGGGGAGGGGGGGGACUCCAGGGGCUGGGGUGCAUGCCAUGGAAAUUAAGCAAGCAGAAGGGCGCGGGGCUCGAGGGUGGCGGUGGGGCGGAGUCGGGAUCAAAUCCACGCCUCUCUCCGCCCCCGCCCCCUCCCAUCUACCACGAGAAGCAGCGGCGGGAGCUUUGCGCUCUGCACGCGCUCAAUAACGUCUUCCAGGAUGGAGCAGCUUUCAGCCGGGACACGCUGCAGGACAUCUUCCAGAGGCUCUCUCCCAACACUUUGGUAACGCCCCACAAGAAGAGCAUGCUGGGAAACGGCAACUACGACGUCAAUGUCAUCAUGGCCGCCCUUCAGACUCGUGGAUUUGAGGCCGUGUGGUGGGACAAGAGGAGGGACGUGUCCAGCAUUGCCUUGCCCAACGUGACCGGCUUCAUCCUCAACGUGCCCGCGAAUCUGUGCUGGGGGCCCCUGCGCCUCCCCCUCAAGCGCCAGCACUGGAUCGGAGUGCGCGAGGUGGGCGGGGUCUACUACAACCUGGACUCCAAACUGCGCUGCCCCCAUGCCAUCGGCCCUCCCGAGGAGCUCAGGAAGUUCUUGCGACACCAGCUGCGAGGAAAGAACUGUGAGCUGCUAUUGGUGGUGCCGGCCGAGGUUGAAAUUCAGCGGACGUGGAGGUCUGACACCUCUUGAAUAUUCCGGCUCGGUUUUCAGAGAGACCCUCGUCCUAUUCAACAGGUUUGGAGGGUAAAAUCUUGAACAGGUGGGGGUGACUCAACCAGUCAAGGAGCCACUUAGACCAGACUUGGUUUUGUUUCAUCCUCUCAACUGCUGGGCAGCCUUCUGACAGCCGAGACUGAAGAACUGGACACCCACACAUAUCUAUGGACAUCGGCUGUGGUAUUUCAAAUCGUGGCACUUUAAAAAUAUAUAUACAUAUAUUUUCUAUAUUUUUCAAUGUUACAUUGGAGUAUUUUUCUCACAGUUCAUGGUUUUUAAAGGAGGGGGGUCAGCACUUCUGUGCUUAUGCCUGUCCUCUUCCUCAUUACAGACAGUUUUUAAACAGAUGUUAUAUCGGUCCAUCUUUUUCAUCUUUACGUUUGCAUGCACAUCUCAAUUUCAUCUCAUGGACCUUAUUUUCUCUCUUUCUGCUCCAUUAUAAGAACAAUUAAAAUCUGCCACCGACCUCAAAUUCCUGUCACUGAUGUCUCGGCUUUGCCAAUGGCUGACUGCCUGUCCUUGACGUGGCCAACCUUAACAGCACAGUGUAAACACAGUUUACUGCCUGUGAGUACAUAUCACUCCAGUAGGUUGUGGUUAUUCAUAAACACUGUGCAAUGCAUAGAUUGGCACAGUUCAUGUGCUAUUACACAGUACCUUAAAGAAAUGCCAAUCUGUCAAAGUCCACUUUUGUCUGACAUAGGUGCCGUGGUCUGGGAGAUGUAAGCGCCCAGCCUAUUGUGAGUAAAGUGAAAAUGGUGGUGAUCAGACAUUUUGUACUGAGGAUGUUGACAUAAUUUUGCUGGAGGUGCCUUGGAAGUGAAAAUAGAGGUAAGAAAGUACGUAUGUAAGGUUUCAUUAAAAUCAGAUUUUCUCAAAAUUUCUUUUAUACUGACACCGUGUGAACUCAGGUGUCCUGGGGUGAGAAGAUUUUGAGGAGGCAGCCUCAGGAGCAGAUUGCUACUGGAAAUAUGAAUUAUUGAAAUAUAGAGGAAAUAUUUUGAAAAAUUAAGUGGAAGUCUGAGAGAAUGUUUAAAAGGUGAACAUGGCCAUUUGUGCUUAAUACAGUGAUUUCAGAUAUUUAUAAUGGUGGGUUAUAGUUACAGCAAAAUGGGAUUUUUGUUGUUUCAUGACCUUAAAAAUUGCGUGAGAGAGCCAUAACAUAUCUACAGUGAAUUGUAUAUUUGCUUGUAUUUACUGUAUCAAAAGAGCUGGCUCAAAAGUCCUCGCUAAAAAUACUUUCAGUGCAUUGUAAAGUUAAAAAUGAAACGAGUGUGACACAACAUGUGUUUGCUAGGACAAUCUCACCUGCUCUCUCCAGCCUCUUCUUCACAUCCUUGGUUUUGACUUCCUCCUCUUCUAUUUUAAGGGGAGUUGGGUAUAGUUAAAUGUCAUUUUUUUCCACAAUAAUAAAAUUGAUAUACUUUAUGUAAA